AUGUACUUACAGAUCCGGGAAUGUAGCAAGAAAGAUACGAUUGCUUUCAUGAGGCAGUUGGUUGAUGAGUGGCGGCAAGGGCUUCGCGAGAUUUGGCGGAUUCACGUUUGGACUGACGAUUCGGAUCGUUUGUUCGACAGGGAGCGGUUGAAGCGUGGCGAUGGAGACGGAGACACCCUGGUGAUGCACGAUGGGGCUAGCCUCGUUAGUUUGCCAAAAGGGAAGAUCUGGGCGAGCAACCCAUCGGGCUGUCUGCCCGACCACGGCCAUCAUUACGGCUGGAACGUACGCGGGAUUGACGCCAUCAACUUGCUGUUUGCUGGCCGCAUCGUACCGACACUUUACAUCGAAGAUCCGGAGUUUCGCUGCAAUUCGACGAGGUUGCCGGGAUUACAGGCGCUGACCCUUGAAGUUCUGGGUGUCAGCACGUUGAGGAUGCACUGGCCGAAAGCGCUGAAGCCGGAGGGCCGACCGUUCGAAGCCGUACAGUUUCGGCGGUUCGAGGCAGCCGCUCACUGCUGCCUCGGUUCCGAUGUCGCGCAGAGCAUCCACAUCCUCCACCCUCAAAGUCUGAACGACUGCCUAAUACUCAAAAACCGAAAUCAACGCAUCCAGAUCUGUGAACAUCUACAAGAACAAAGGGAAAGCUAUGUGCAGAAGGUGAUUGCGCAAUGGAGGGUGGGGAAGCGGGAUAUCCAGAUUGUGAUAGCGUCUCCUAGAAGACCUCCGUCUGCGCUCUCCGCGGAGUACGAAAGGGAUGAUGGGCAGAAAAUUCUGUAUCGAACGACGAGCAACGGAUAUUUGAUUGAAUUGGAUCCAAGCGAAUCUGACGCCGUUUCUUUGAUG